AUAAAAAAUGUAAUAUACCCGCAAAAACCCCAACAGAACCCUGGUGGUGGUGGAAGACACAGACCCACGGAUGGCUUCAACGACGGAGCCUGCUGAAUCCUUCAAACCCUAUCGCCUCAAGCACACCCUUACCGGCCACAAACGGGCCGUCUCCAGCGUUCAAUUCUCCGAGGAUGGCCGCUUCCUCGCGUCCUGCUCCGCCGACAAAUCCGCCCGCACUUACUCCCUGUCCUCUCCCGAUGCUGUCCACAACGAAUUCCAUGGCCACGAAUUGGGCAUCUCCGACCUGGCCUUCUCCUCCGACGGACGUUUCCUCGCCACCGCCUCCGACGACCGCACCGUCCGUCUCUGGGACGUCGCCACUGGCUCCCUCAUCAAAACCCUUACUGGCCACACCAACUACGUUUUCUCUGUCAAUUUCAAUCCCCAGUCCAACAUGCUUGCCUCCGGUUCCUUCGAUGAGACCGUCCGAAUUUGGGAUGUCAAGUCGGGGAAAUGCCUGAAGGUGCUUCCCGCACAUUCGGACCCUGUCACGGCAGUUCAUUUUAAUCUGGAUGGAUCGCUUAUCGUUUCAAGUAGUUAUGAUGGGCUUUGUAGGAUUUGGGAUGCUUCCACUGGGCAUUGUAUGAAGACUCUCAUUGAUGAUGAGCAUCCUCCUGUUAGCUUUGUCAAGUUCUCGCCCAAUGGGAAGUUUAUUCUUGUGGGAACUCUUGACAAUACUCUGCGGCUCUGGAAUUUUUCCACAGGGAAGUUUCUGAAAACUUACACAGGCCACGUGAACUCAAAGUACUGCAUUUCUUCAACAUUUUCUAUAACAAAUGGGAAAUACAUUGUGAGCGGAUCUGAGGAUAAUUGCGUGUAUUUGUGGGAGCUGCAGUCCCGGAAAAUAGUUCAAAAGCUGGAAGGUCAUACAGAUGCAGUUUUAUCAGUAUCGUGUCACCCAACGGAAAAUAUGAUAGCUUCGGGUGCGCUUGGAAACGACAAUACAGUGAAGAUUUGGACCCAAGAGGAGGAUUAAUGUUAUGUUUUUUUUCUUUUUUCUGUGGCUAUCAUAAUAUAACUUUGGAAUCUGUGCAGGCAUUCUUAGAUGUAAUUCUUGUGGCUGUAGAAUUUCCUGUCUUUCUAAAUCCAACCAAAUUCCUUGAGGUUCAUUCACUGUCUUUUAGCGCUUUCCUCUAACUUUGUGUUGCUCUGGCGUACAAUCUCAGCCUUACAUAUUGGAUAUCCAUCUUCAGUUUGUUUC